AUGACACGACAGCAACAGUCGAAGCCGCCGUCGAUUGUAGCUGUUGAAAACGCUGGACAGGAUGCCGAUUUCCAAGAAGACGCUCCGGUCGAACGCCCUUGGCGGUCACUCUUAGCACACCCCAAGAUUAUCAUUUACGCCAUUAUAGCCAACAUUGGCCCACUCAUGUUUGGCUAUGACUUGGUCAUUGUCGGUGCCGUCUCAGCUCUGCCCAAGUUUCGACAGGAUUUUGGCCAAAGCGCUGGCCCUACAUACAUUCUCCCUGCCCUUUGGAUCGGAUUAUGGAAUGGCCUCGUCCAAGCCGGCGCCGCGGGAGGCUCUGUCGGUGCCGGUUGGUUUCAGGACCGCUUCGGCCGCCGCGCGACAUUCUUUGUCGGCGGUGUGCUGGGCCUUAUUGGUACGGCUGCGUCGUAUACCUCGGGCAUGCCGGACGGUGUGAUGGACAGAAGGGGACUCUUCCUAUUAGCCAAAAUACUCAUAGGAAUGGGCUGUGGUGUUCUCAUGUCUGCUUGCCAAACGUACAUCUCUGAGAUUGCGCCAAAGAACCUCCGAGGAGUUGUCCUUGGCUUUUACGCCUUCAAUGUCUCAUUCGGUCACUUGAUGGCGGUCGCUAUUGUCUACACCCAGUCAAACGGCCUCACAGCCGAGUCAUACCGAGUACCCUUCGCUACACAGUGGGCUUUUGGAGGGGCGGCCGUCAUUGCGGCGUUCCUACUUCCCGAGAGCCCUGUCUGGCUGAUCUCUAAAGACCACGUUGAAAAAGCCGAGAAGUCGCUGCAGCGACUGGGGACCGACGGUGGCCACACCAUGCUCCAACGGAUCCGGACAACGUUGACGCAUGAAGAGGACGAGUCUCAAGGCACGCCUACCUUCCGCGAGUGUUUCCACGGCGUCAACCUCCGCCGCACACGUAUCAUUGUGUGGCUCAACGUUCUGCAGCAGUUUGUCGGCAUGGCACUGCUGACGAAUGCGGCUUACUUCCUCGUCGUGGCCGGAAUGUCUGCGCGAUACUCCCUGAUGGUCAACCUGAUUGGUGUCGCAUCCAACAUGGUGGCCAACGCAAUCUCAUGGUACACGGUGCCACGGUUCGGCAGACGAACCAUGAUUCUCAUCAGCAUCGUCCUUGAUGGUGUAGCGUGGCUGUCGAUGGGCAUCGCCGCCUGCUCUGUAUCUACCGCAGCGCAGUGGUACGUCGGCGCUGCGCUGCUUCUCGUCGGCUUCUUCAACAGCUUCGGCGUCGGCAGUGCGGUUCCAGUCAUCGCUUCAGAGAUCUCCCGCGUCCGCCUCCGUUCGAAAGCCGGCGGCAUUGGUUUCGCCGCCCAGUCGAUCGGGAACUGGAUCUUCAGCUUCUUCACACCGUACAUGUACAACACGGACGAAGCCAACUGGGGCGGAAAGAUUGGCUUCUUUUUUGCGGGACUGAGCAUCAUCGCAUUCGUUGUCACUUGGUUCGAGGUUCCGGAAACGAUGGGGAGGACUCACGCCGACCUCGACUAUCUGUUUGAGUCCAAGAUUAAGUCGUGGAACUUUGGCAAGGCUUCGGUCCCGGACAUACAGGCCACGGAGGAUGAUUUGAAGGGUCAGGGUGGUGAAAAGUUCUAG